CUGUCGGAAGGAGCCAAUGGUGACACUGAACUUAUUAGAGCAGUGGAUAAUCUUUAUGUUGCUUGGAAUCAACUGCUCUACAAUCUUCUAGCAAAACCAGGUUUUCAACCGCCAAGUCCUGAGCAUAUUAAAGAAGUCGCUGAAUUUACACUAAAACAGCUGAAAGAUGCUGGCCAAGAUUUGUCAAGAGAAUUUGUUCAAGCUGGGCUUGAAUGGAGGUUAUCUCAUCCUGACGAAGCGCGAACUGAGGUAUAG